AUGGCGGCUGGCGGGACCUCGACAAGCACAACGGAGCUGCUUAUCUCUGCGGUCGCAAAAACGGGCAAGGACACUGCUCAUUUCCGGGCCCUGAAGCGUCGCGUUGAUGAAGCUUUCAGGACGUCGUCGCACGGGCGAACCGAUCAGUUCGCUGUAGCAAAGCAACUCGAAGGGCUACUCGAAAAGUUCCGGGUUCUAAAUAGGGACGACUUGGCCGAGGCGCUUCAGCCGAGACUCGCUGAAUUGGACCAGCACCGCGGGGCCGUGUUCCCAGAGAUCCUCUCUUUUCUACUACAGCUUGCCGAUAGACCGGCCCAGCUUGCGAAGGUUGAUCGGCUAUUGAAACUCCAACCUGAGAAAGAAGAAAAGCAGCUCUCGUGGACCGAUCUGGAUGCCUCCGGGACCGCAUACUGCGACGAGGAUAUUUGGGAAAGCGUAGACUAUGGCGCUAGCUCAUCUGACGACGACGACGUUUCUUCAGUAUCCAGCGGUGUCCAGGCUGCUAGGAACUUUACUCAGAUUACUUCAGAAGAUGACUAUGUGAUUCCCGACUAUAUCUUCUGUGCAGGCCACGAUGAAGACCUUGUAAAAUCGAUCAAGAGCGUGCAAUUUUGGGAAGAAGAAACUCAGCGAGACCUUCUAGAGUGCGCAAAGCUAGUCUCCUUCGAGGUAACCGAACUUCAGAUUGUGAGAGAGGCGAUUUUCAUGCUUCAGGGCUUACCAACGUCUCUAUUAAGGCGCAUUGACGGAAAUGUCGAAAUAGACCGGAGAUACACUCUUCCACAUUUGUCACACGAAGCUCUUUCGUCUGUCCUGCGCUCAAUAUGCGCUUGUGGAACGAAAAUUGACAUUCUAAGACGAUUUACCAGAACGCCACAAUCCGCUGCUUACAUGCAAACGCUCCAUCGCAGCACCGAGGAUUGCUUACACAAGUUUGACAAAUUUCUCUCGGAGAUGCAGAACAAGUUCCUUUCAAGGGACUCGUCUGUGGCUGUCAGUCUCCUGCAGCUGUUGGACGAUGUUCAACGCGAAUCAAAACUGCUCACUCUUCUGGCCGACCUCGUUUCCAAUCUUGACCGAACUGCGGUAGAUAGCGUUCAGUGCUUGGACCAGUUAUUUGACUUAGUGUGCAUCACGCAAGCUGCCGGAGAUGACGAGAAUUUUGCUCGCUUAGCUGAAAUCUUCUUUGCCUCGCUUGAGACCUACGCUCGUCCUCUUUACCGUUGGAUGGAGACCGGUCAGCUUGAAGAUUCAUCGCUGUUCUUCGUCUCUGCGAAUCAUGAGAAAAAUGACUUGCGGACAUUAUGGCAUGACUGGUACUUGCUGGAGACAAAACCAGAGCUGGCGAAGAUACCCAAAUUCAUCCGCCCCUUUGCCCACAAGAUAUUUAUCACUGGUAAAAGUAGGGUCUUCUUGAACCGGUUGAAUCUGGCAGACAGUUUAGAAGCACCGAGGAAAACUGCCCUCAGUUUUGAGGAUAUUUACCCUUCCAACUUGUCUUCUACCUGUCUGCCUUUCUAUGCACUGCUAGAGUCCGCUCUCAACGACGUCAUUAACGAGAAUCACGCAUUCACAUCAUCUCUUUUGCGAAAGGAGUUAGACGAGCGAUGUGGGUUGUGGAUAUCUCUCCAGGCACUCGAGCAUAUCCAUCUCUGCAAAGAUAUAAGUCUAAUCGGGCCAAUCGACACCAAAAUCUUUGAACUAAUCGACCGAAGAAAGGGCGGCUGGAAUGAUCGGUUUCUUCUCACAGAACUCGCCCAGGAUACAUUCGGUUCGCUGCCCAUCAUUGAUUCAUCUCGCCUCAUCGUCCGUUCUGCGAAAGACCAUGACACACGCAGCCGAUCAGUAAAGGUACUUUCAAGCCUAUCUUUCGAUUACAUCCUUCCGUGGCCUGUAGCAAACAUCAUCACGAAGGACGGUAUUGCCGCGUAUCAGCGCGUCUCAAACUUCCUGAUGCAAAUCCGCAGGGCAAAAUAUAGCAUCGUAAAGCAGCGCCUGCAGUACCUCAACCACGACACAAAUCAGGCCAAGGGUUCCAAAGGGCAAACACUCAGCUACGCAAUUCGGCACAACCUACUCUUCUUUCUUAAUGUGCUUUAUAGCCAUCUCACAGGCUUCGUGAUAUCAUCUACCACUCAAUCUCUACGGAAAUCUCUCUCCACUGCUCACGACGUCGAUGCAAUGAUAGCCGCGCAUAGUUCAUUUAUGGUAACUCUGGAAGAGCAAUGCCUGCUCUCCAAAAAUCUCCUACCGCUUCACCAGGCAACACUCAGUAUCCUCGAUCUCUGCAUAUCCUUUGCCGACUUGCAUGCCACCCGCUUCCAGCACCAACCCCUACACUCCGACCCGACAAGAUCACCUCGGAGGCAGGCCCCUGGGAAGCCCUUUAAAACUGGUCUAUCGCCUACACCCCGCAAAAUCCGCUAUGAGUAUUCUUACGGCGACGAAGAAGACACAGACGAGGAGUUCGAGGAAGUCAACUCCGAAUCUGACGAGUCUGACGAAGCCAAAGGUUAUAUAUCACCGCCUCAUGGCGCCUCUCUUCAUGAAUCUCAGUACCUUCAGCGCCUGAGGAAUAUCCAGGAACAAUUCAAUCGCCUCGUUGCGUUUAUUGCCGCAGGGCUAAAGGGCGUUGGGCGCGUUAAUGGGCAGGUUAGCUGGGAGAUGUUGGCUGAGAAGUUGGAAUGGAGGAACGAAAGGGUGACUGGGUGGUCGUAA